UGUAGAGAGAAAACGUAGUGCAGACUUCCUGGCCACCAGGGGGCGGUAGUGAAAAACUUUGACUCACAACGGCAAUCUAGGUAAGUCGAAAAUACUCAAGAGAUCACUUUCUCCAGCUAACAGUAGCUAGCCGGGUAAUCUCCUGGACAACGCAGUUGAGUUUAUUUUAAUGUCCGUCCCAGUAUUGGUGUGUUUUGGGUUUUUUAUAAACCACUGACUGUGUGAGACGUCGUCAAUGAAAGGCGGGAGCCAGACAAGGGUGGAGAAGAAUUAAACGCGCUUUAUGUUUGGCCACUGUUUGCUUUUUCCCAGGAUGCUAGCAAAGAAGCAAGUCAGCUAGCUUGCUGACCUACCAUAGCAACCUAAAAGGAGCGCUGUCCGGAUGCUUUGAAAGGCAGCGCAAAGCAUUUUGGUGGAGUGUUUGUUUUUUCUCCUUUAAACGGCCUCGCAGUAUGUCUGGCAGCCGACCGCAGCAGAGCGGUGGUGGGGCAAGUUCAGUGCCUGGCACCAGCAGUAGUAGCAGCAGUACUGGAGGUAGUGGAAGCAAUGCCGUUACGAGCAACGGGCCCGCUUCUGGGAAUGUUGUGCCGUCCCGGACUCUGGGUGCAACAAACGAGGCAGGCAGCUUCGCUUCCCUGACAAGCAGACCUUCAGCGUCCUCAGGCAGCAGAAAGAAGUCCCUCCAUCAGGCACCUCUAUACAACGGCCUCUUGAACUCAUACGAAGAUAAAAGCAACGACUUUGUGUGUCCAAUUUGCUUCGAAAUGAUAGAGGAGGCUCACAUGACAAAGUGUGGACACAGUUUUUGUUUCAAAUGUAUUCGUCAGAGCUUGGAAGACAGCAACAGAUGUCCCAAGUGUAACUAUAUUGUUGAUAAUGUGGAUCAGCUGUACCCUAACUUUCUUGUAAAUGAACUGAUCCUUAAACAGAAGCAAAGGUCUGAGGAAAAAAGACUAAAGUUAGAUCAUCCUAACUGGCCGCGGUGGCAGGUCUUCCAGGAUAUUCUCAGUCCAGAUCAAGAAAACUUGGACCUCGCAAAUGUCAAUCUGAUGUUGGAGCUUUUGGUUCAGAAGAAAAAGCAGCUGGAGGCAGAAUCCCAAGCAGCUCAGAGGCAGAUCCUCAUGGAGUUUCUUAAGGAAGCAAGAAGAAACAAGAGAGAGCAACUAGAUCAGCUACAGAAAGAGCUAAACUUCCUUGAAGAAGACAUUAAGCGUGUUGAGGAUGUAAGUGGGAUUUCCUCCCCGACGAUGGAGGCAGAGUGCACAGUGCCUAAUGUUGAGGCUCCUUCUCUGGCCUCCAGCAGUAUCAUUGAACCUCCAGAUUACAACCAAACGCCAGGAUUUGGUGCAACAACUCCAGUGAAGCGACAGACUUGGUAUAACAGCACGCUGGCAUCUAGAAGAAAGAGGCUGACUGCUCAUUUUGAGGAUCUGGAGCAGUGCUACUUCUCCAACAAAAUGUCACGCAUCACAGAUGAGGGCAGAAACCUGAACCAGCUGGAGGAUUUUAUGGAGUGUUUGUCCAAAUUCACUCGCUACAACACUGUGCGGCCGCUGGCCACCCUCUCUUAUGCCAGUGACCUCUAUAACGGCUCCAGUAUUGUCUCUAGCAUUGAGUUUGACCGUGACUGUGACUAUUUCGCCAUUGCUGGUGUGACCAAAAAGAUCAAGGUUUUUGAGUAUGGGACUGUGAUCCAGGAUGCAGUGGACAUCCACUACCCCGUCAAUGAAAUGACCUGCAAUUCCAAAAUCAGCUGUAUCAGCUGGAGCAGUUAUCACAAGAACCUUCUGGCCAGCAGCGACUAUGAGGGCACCGUCAUUUUGUGGGACGGAUUCACCGGCCAGCGGUCCAAAGUCUACCAGGAACAUGAAAAACGAUGCUGGAGUGUCGACUUCAAUCUGAUGGACCCCAAGCUUUUAGCCUCCGGUUCUGAUGACGCUAAAGUAAAGUUGUGGUCAACCAACCUUGACAACUCUGUGGCUAGCAUCGAGGCUAAAGCUAACGUGUGCUGUGUUAAAUUCAGUCCAACCUCCAGAUAUCACCUGGCCUUCGGCUGUGCAGAUCACUGUGUGCAUUACUAUGAUCUACGCAACACUAAGCAGCCAAUCAUGGUGUUUAAAGGCCACAGGAAAGCGGUGUCCUACGCCAAGUUUGUAAAUGGAGAGGAGAUAGUUUCUGCGUCGACAGACAGUCAGCUGAAGUUAUGGAAUGUCAACAAACCUCACUGCCUGCGCUCCUUCAAGGGUCACAUCAACGAGAAGAACUUUGUUGGCUUGGCGUCCAAUGGAGACUAUGUUGCCUGUGGCAGCGAAAACAACUCUUUGUAUCUGUACUACAAAGGACUUUCCAAGACGCUGCUAACAUUCAAGUUUGACACAGUUAAAAGCGUCCUGGACAAGGACAAGAAGGAAGACGACACCAAUGAGUUUGUCAGUGCCGUCUGCUGGAGGGCGCUGCCAGAUGGAGAGUCAAAUGUUCUAAUUGCUGCAAACAGUCAAGGAACAAUCAAGGUGCUUGAGCUGGUCUGAAAAUCUGACCAUCGCUAUUGGACUUCAGAACUGCUUCCCUGUGUGGCGGAAGGACCAGAUGGAUGUAGGAAGAUCUCAGGCUGCCUGCCGAGCACCAAGAGAGCUAAAGCAGUGAACUGAUCUGCUCUUCUUUUAGUUUUAAAUUUUAGUUUGGUUUAUGUUUCUUGGGCAGCAGGACAAACUCGGGACCAGUUCGUCAGUAAAGCGGGUGAUUCCUUUUUUUUUUUUUUUUUGCAACAAAACAGGGACCGAAUAUGAGGCACAAAGCCAAAGGAGACUUUGAAGAAAGCUUUUUUUUUUUUGUUUGUUUAUCGGCAUUAUAUUUACUUCAGUAAAACACCUCUUUAUUGUUUUAGGUCAAAUCAAACUUUCUAUUUUGCUUUUUAAUCGAGCUUCUUUUUUCAGCGGCACAUUCAGCUAAAUGUUACCCGGUUAAUGUAUUUUCUUUUAAAAGCCAAAGCACAAAACAGAAGGCAUGCAGAAAUGUCUUCAGAGAAAUCUUUUACCCUAUUACCCAUCAUUGUUUAACUUUUUGUCUCUCUUGUUUUAUGUAGUUUUUUCUGUUUGCCAAAUUGGUGAAAAAGCAGUUUUAAUAAAUAUAACUUGAAUUUCAUUCACAUGUUUGUCAAAAAUCUCAGCGAGCCUCCCCUUAAUCUAAGGCGGCUUUGCUAAGUGGAACUGGAAUAUUUGUUGUGUUCGGGCUGUUUGUUGCUUUUUAAAAAAAAAAAUCAUAACCUCGCAGAAUCGGUUUUAGUUCUUUUAAAGUAGCAACAAAAACUUUCUUCACGUACUGUAGGCUUACAACCUAUCACCUGAACUGAGCGGCACUGUAACGUGUAAACUGCUGUCGGUUUUUGUGGUGUGAUGAUCCAUUGAGUCACGUGGAGGGGAUUGAAGAAGCACCACCAAGACCUGCCUAUUUUAUGACUGAGUGAGAGAGAUGUUUUUGUAUUUGUAUAACUGAAUAAAUUAUUUCAGAACAA